AUGUGUCCCCCAGUCAACGUAGGCCGUGGGGCCAAGGGCAUGUCCUGCCUCUAUGCGGAAUGGCUAUACCAGCUUGUCCACGGAGACCAGAUGAAGAUCUGCUUUGCUUGCUUCAAGGCAGCUUUCCAUGCAAAUAGAAGAUUGCUGGAGAUGGAAUACUUGGAAGGGAUACCGUUGCAGGAUAAGUCCCAGGAACUGUCAGAGGAAGAAUCUCAGCCUGAAGAUUCUGAGGAAGAAUCUGGGCCAGAGGAGUGGUCAGGGCAAAUCUGUGCAGGAUGUCUAGAACAUCUGUCUGAUAGCAUCAGUGACUAUUCAAAUCCUGGCUUUCUGAGUCCAGGCUCUGUAGGGUCAAAUCUGGAGCCUGAGGAAGCUGUACCCCUGGACCCAGGCCCCGAGGAUACUGACUGGAAUCAGCCCCUUCCCUGGAGAUUAGGUAGCUUCUAUCCCUGCCCCCACCAGUGCAUCAUCCCCCCUCUGUCCUUGUGGGAUGUUUUCAAUGUGGACCCAUAUCCUGAGCAACCUGUAUUGUUGGAGUUGAGCCCCCUCUGGCCCAUGCACAGUGGAGUAGAAUCUUGGUUGACAAGACUGGAUUUCAACUUGGUGUUGUAUGGCUGGGGUACCGCCUGCUACUUAAGGUCAAUGACUCCUUUAUGGGCUGUGAGAACCCAGGUCAAUCGCUGGCAGGUGUUGCUGGACCCUAAAAGCUUGUUGCGGGCCCGCCUGGAGAUUGUACCUCGAAAGCUGGACCUGGAACGCUAUCGACUGAGCGUCCUGGAGUACUCAUACUCAGGGCUGGGGUUAGAGCUGGUGCCUGCUGACUUCACCCUGUGGAAGGGCGGCUUCAAGGUGCACUCCUACCUGCCCUGGCACACGGACACCCCAGAGGAAUGGAGCUGGGAGCCAGAAGAGAGAUUGUUUGUCGAUGAUAUUUUUAUUCUGGAUGACUGA